CAUCGGCGGGUCGACUUGCGCCUUGCUUUCAAACAGUUGAAGACGCGGAGGACUUUGGCCGUCCGCGACGCAGGACGCGAGUUCCGACACUUUGACGUCGUUUUAUUCGUGUCCGCGAAGAAACGGCGUGGCUUUUUGGCAUCAGCUUUUUUUUUUUUUCUUUCGCUCGCACCGGCCGCCCGGCGCGAGCUCCCCGCAAACAUUUUGCGCGUCUGCGAGCGAUGCUUGGCGCGUCGUUCCGUCCCGGCAUGCAGCGCGCACCGCGCACUGGGCAUGCGCAGUUGCGCGCUACGCCCGUAGUUCGCUUCGAGUCAACUCCCUUGUGUCCGCUGACGGCCGGCUCCCGGCAGAGCGCUCCGCAGACGGUUGUUGAUAUUUUUUUUCUCGCUGCUCGGCUCGUUCGACGCUGAAGGCACGCCGAAAGAACGCAUCCCCGGCAGCAGGUGAGCGAGUUUUUCCAAAAUGCCUGGAACGCCGAAGCACAAGGAGAUAGUGCUCGACACGAUCGACCAACUGCGAAAGCGCAAAGCGCGGCCGGACUUCGAGCGCAUUUGUCACAUGCUCUACCGGCGGCAUGGGCUGAGCAAAGCGGAGGUUCAGGAGGAGCUCGAUCUGCUCGUCGAUUCUGAGGCGGUGAUCAAAGUGGACUACAAGGGCAACACGAGCUACCGCAACGCCGCGAAAUGGGUUCGCUUCAACAAGUCUCUUUCCUCGGACACCGGCGCCGCUGCGGCCGCAGCCGCGACGGCGGUCGCCGUCGGUUGCGGCGGGCCGCAGCCGACCACGUUCAAGGUAAGCCGCGCGAUCGGCGAUGCCGUCCGGGACCUGUGGUUCACGAGCAAGCAAAGCAUCGACGCUGCGGACGCCGGCGGCGUGUCGGCCGCGGAACUGGACGCCUAUUUGCAAGCGAGGGACUUCAAGUGCACCAAGGGAGCGCUCGAACUCGGCAUCGACAAGGAACUGGCGUCCGGCCGACUCGUGCGCCUGCCCAGCGGCAAGUUCGCGCCGAGCGAAGCGGAGAAGCAGCGGGCCGCCAAACUCGCGGCGGCAUGCGCGCAGAAGCCGACGGCAACCGCGUCGCCCCCCAAGGCCCCGCGCGUCGUGAAACCGUUGUUGCAGCAGGCGUGCGAAGGCGGCUACGCCGUCCCUCCGAUCGGCGCGACCACGGCAACGUGCUCCGCUCCUCCGGCCGCCGGUCCUACCGCCGCCACGAGCAACGGAACAAACGGCGUUCUCAUCGUGCGCGCACCGACUUCGCCGACCGGCAGGACGACGACCGCAUCGGCAUCGCUGUCCUCUCCACCGAACGCCAAACGAGCCAGGCCGCUUAGCAAGCGCAAGAGGAUCAAGAAGACGCAUGGGCCGGACUUCCUGGAGAACCUGGACAGUCCGACGAUGGAUGUGACCGAGUUCUUCGAGGAGGACGAGCCGCACUGCUUCGUCUGUUACCUCUCUGUGCCGCCAACCAGCAAUGACUACAAGGCACUGCUCAUCUGUCGAGACUGCAACACUAAGGCUCAUCCUUCCUGCCUCAACUACUCUGCGGAACUAGCUGCUGCGGCCCGGCUCGCGACAUGGCAGUGCGUUGACUGCAAGACGUGCUCGGGGUGCAGCGCGACUGCGGACAAUGACGAACUCAUCAUUUGUGAUGGCUGUGAUCGAGGUUACCACAUGGUGUGCCACAGGCCGAAGCUGACGCACAGGCCGCAACGCAAGUGGCUGUGCAAGGCGUGCUGUGAUGUCACGAAGAAGACUGCUGGUGUCAAGAUCAAAACUGAAGUGGACAACUCAGUCGGGCUCCCGACACCAUGCGACUCCCCCGUGCCAGACGAAGAGCUCAAGGGCUUCGAUGGAGAGCACACUGACCUGUCGGCAUACUACAUAGCCCUGGACAAAUACCCAGAUGUGGUUCCUGAUGCCAAGGACUGGUCUGUCGAAGAAGUCGAGAAAUUCUUUGUGCACAUUGGCUUCCCAGAACAAGCGGUCGCAUUCAGGGACCAGGAAAUCGACGGCCGGUCUUUGCUCCUGUUGAAGCGUAGCGACGUCCUCACAGGCCUCUCUCUAAAGUUGGGGCCUGCGCUCAAGAUCUACAAUCACAUCAAGAGGCUCCAGACGGGGUUGCCAAACGGACACCUCUGCUGAAACCAGACCAGUCACAAUGCACCCGAACCUUUCCCGUUUGUUCACAAGUAUGCGCCGCCAUUGUACAUAUGUAGUCUACGAAGGAAGCACUCCCAACCACAAGCGAAAAAGCUUCGCUUGUGAGCAAGUGGUUGGUCGGGACGUUGUUCUUUCGUCAUGUCUGUGUUGCUGAGAGACUGUUGUACUCGCAGAGUUGAUUUCAGUAAAGAUUGCGAGGUUGGAGGAAUGCCAUAGGGCCAAGUCGAAGCCGCAUUAGUUAGAGCAGGUCACUGAUGGCAAGAACGAGAUUAAAGUAUUACAACGCAAAAAAAAAAAGACAAGGCAUAAAGCAGGAGCUGAGGGGCACACAGAAUAGCAAUUGUCUAAGUACCUAAGCUUAACGUUCCAGCACUUGAAUUGUAGUAACCACAUACCUUGGUUCUUAUCUUAUGUCAUUGUUAAACCAAUUCUUUUUUUUUUUGUGUGUGUGUGUGAGUCCUCUAUUGUAUAUAUACAUUUAUUCAGUUAUAGGUGAUGCCUAGUUGGUUGUCAGCACUCCGUAUGCCCCUCGUUUCCUGUCUUGCGCCUUCUUUCUUUCCCGCAUUGUAAUAUUUAAGUCGCGUUAUACAACUUUCCCAAGCCUAAACCUUACUUAAAAAAUAAGUUUAUGUUUGUGGAUCCACACAGAGGUCUUAGUAACAGUCGAGCAGUAAAUUCAAAAUGGGGAUAUACGCUUUACCUAUCAAAGGUCUGAACUGGCUGACAAUACAAUCAUCCAACCUAGCAAAGGUCUGGUGGAUUGGUUGGCGAUAGCAAGCUAUAGAGUACUUUGGAACCCAGUGCAAAGGUCACAUUAAAUAGAAGACAACACCCUGAAGUGUGAUUUGCCCUCUAUGGCGUUCAUUGGCCUCCCACAACAUUUGUCCUUGAUCCCACUACUGUUCGCCACAGGCAUUCAACCUGAACACUUGUGUUUCAAAAGGCAACCAGUUGUUACCUGUUUUACAAACGAGAGUUCACACUUCGACAUAACUGUGAAGAGUGGAGGGUGCAUCUCCUCUCUACAGGUUCUACAGCGCCACCGUAGACCAUGAAGUUCCGCUGCCAUGUCUAAACAAAAAGGAACUGCUACAUGUGUACUCAUUGAUGGGAUAACCAACCUUCAUUCAGUUUGUGCUGCAGGCCUAUGCUGCCAACAAUGAUGUUCGAUUUGGGGCUGCUUUUUUGCGUGCUACAUUGCAGCUUCAGACAUUUUUAAGUCCUUUGGACACAUUGUCCUUGUUUUAUUUAAGCAUUCUGCAUCGCAGUGUUUGUACGUUCUUGUUUUUUGUUUCUUUCGUGGUGUAAGAAAGUUUUGGGGCAUUCUAUUGUCAUUGGCAUGUUGUGGGCAGCAGAGCGAGAUUCGUUGCAACUACAAAAGACGACCCCGUCUCUGGGCGGGGUGCUGCAGUUGUCAAAAUGCGUGCAACUUUGUUGCCUUUAGUGCAAAAGAACUUUCUUCAAACCUCCCUGAAGCAAGUUUGACAUUUGCUGCUGUGUUGUGAGGCAUUUAGAGUUGGGAAACCUUGCAAGUAUACUUAUGGAAACUGUGCAUUGUUGGCACAAUACGGGACUGUCCAAGUGCAAACCACACAUACAAGCUCUACAUGAACUUGUGCUUACCUCCUUUAGGUCUUCUCAUGAAACUUAGGUUGACGGCAUUUGUGCUUCACUGAGUAGCAUGCGAGAGCUGCAACAAUCUAAUACUUUGUGGCUUGCCUUUUCAUUGAAUAUACUGUAUUUUCGUGCGUAUAACCUGUCCAUGUAAUAAUCUGCAAUUACAUUUACAACUCUCAUAAAAGGCAAAAAGGGAAAGGGUACCCCUUUCCCCUCCUUCCCAUUCACGCAAAUAACUCUAUUAAGUGUUAAAGUUUUUGUAAAAGCAAUCAGGCACAAAGUGAUGACCCAGAAAUAAUUUUGACUGAUACGGUGAUGCAUUGCCGCUUUCACUGCCACUUCCUAUUGAAAUACAGUAUAGUAGCUUCAGAGCAAUGUGAAGUACAUUCGUAAGUAAACUUUUACUUUUAUGUGUGGCUUUAUCAUUGUUCACUUCAUGUUCCUAUCAAGCAGCACCUUAUGGCAAACUUUCCGUAUAGAACACACACCCCACUUUAUAUGUAAAUUUAUGAAGUAUUUUUAAUGCAGAUCAUACGCACAGAAAUAUGGUAGGCAUGCUGCCAAGCUGUUGCAUAUUUCCAGGUGGCACAGCGACGCCUGGCAACAUUGCAAUGCCUGGCUGCAUUCUGGCGGGCUGUAGUCAGACUCCGGUGCUUGUCUUGGCUUUUGCCGAUAUAUUUAUGUACAAAGUAGAAUGACUCAAAUGAGAGUGGUCAAAGGGAUCAAGGAAUGUAUGAGCUUUAGAGGCAUUAGCAUAGGCAGGCGCAUUUGAAGCAAUUUAGUGUCGCAACCAUUUUUCAACGCGGGGACAUCUCCACUUCUCCGCCAGCGUAGCUGUCUUUUGGAUGUUUAGCCAAAGUUUCCUGCCACAUGUUGCACACUAAAGUUUUUUGUGGAUUCUUCAGUGCAGCUGUUAAUGACGGGCUAGAGCCACUCAUUGUGCUCUACGAGCAUGCGUACAUGUUUUAUGCAACAUUAUUUCAGCCACGUCAGCUGCCUUACUUAGUCCGAUGCAUUUUGCGUCGUCUUGGAAUAUUGAACUGCGUCGCACUUUCUUCGCGAUGGCGUGCCCCUGGGUGCAGCUACUCGGCUUCGACUGCACGCUUGGAAUUUGUCGCUUUUGCCCUCGAAGUGUUGUGAACGACAUCGCUUAAACUCCGUUUCGUCACCAGCAGUUGCGACUGCAGUGAAUUCGUGAACAAAACUUCACUGUGCAACACGUGGUGAUUUGCCUUUGCAUAGUGGAUAGUGGGGUGGGCCAAGCUGAACUGUAUAUCAAAGUUUGUGCAAUAAUCAUAGAUGACGGUGACAGGUCUGUGCACUUGUUUUGUGUGACUUGCAGAGUCAAUGCCAUGCGUGUGCUCAAAUGUGCAGAGACUGCGACAAGAUUGGCCACCUCUUGCCAGAGGCAUUGCAGCGGCUUGUAGUUACAAUGCAAUGUUUUCCUCCUGUGAAGUUGAAAGGGACAUGACCAGCUUAUUCAGGUGUUGGCGAGAUGGUUGCUGUACAUAAUGUUUAUACAACACAGCAUAAGCUAGCACGUCGUUAUAGUAGUUAGCAAACUUUCUUAAUAGCUUUCCCAGAAAAGCACAAGGUGCUCUGAUACUAAUGUACGGAAUACCAAGCUUCGUCAUGUUGAUUGUGCCAUUGCUUGGGAUACAGUUAUGAAGCAGGCCAAUAAUCAAUUUAAUUACAAGAGUCUACUGUUAUAAAACUGAUUGUGGAUGAUCACAGCAUAAAUUAGAAGAAAAAGAAAGCAUCAGCCACAGUAAAAACUAAACGGUUGAAGACUACGUUUCAGCAACCUCACGGGAGCCUUUAGAAGUACUUCAGUUCUUUGGCGUUUUAGUUAUUUACUGUAGGGAGCAUCUUUGUGUUCUGCUAGCGCUGGAACAGCUUUCAUUGCACAAUGCGUGUAUAUCGCCCGAGUCUUGAAGCUAAGGGUACCUAAAUUGAGCUCAGUGCGCCUACAUGAGAAGUUCGUUAAUUUCCGUGCGUGGCAAGAAGCAACACUGAUACAUUAUAUCGCUGCAAUGUUCUCCUGUCCGAUGACGACUUAACCAUGGCAGCAUGUGCCAGUGUUGGCUGUCCCUCCCAUUCAACUUCAAAUCACAUGGCUAUUGUACCUGUAGAAAGAUGACUGGUAUCACAGUGUAACAGUCGCACGUAAGCUGGGCCCCAUUGACUACGAGAGCUGCUCUCGCGUGCCAUUCUUUCUGUGUUCACAUCCCAGCUUUUCAUCGUGCAGCUUAGUUGCAAGCUAUUUGAUCAUGUGUGAGCACGAUGAUGUCUGUUAAAAAUGCUAUCAAGUUGUGUUGAAUGUUCCAUGAAUAAGGGAGCCUUAUAUGAACUACUUUUCAGCCUAGCUCAUUUGUGCCGGUAUUAUGUACAGAGGUGGCAUUCAGAUAAAACAAAUUUAGCACAGCGCAAGCGCUCUACCGUUGCCCCUACUUUCUUGGCCACCCGCCAGCAUUAUGCAUACUAGCCAAGUCGCACCAGGUGUACACAUGCUAUGGACAAGCUAGCGUGCAUAGAGCUGGCAGAUAACCAAUAUGGCAGGGGCGAUGCUGUGCAUAAGGUAUCUCAUGCUGUCUUUUGCAUGCAGCUCUUGCCUUUCUUAUUCGGAAUGAAUCAAAAGUGUAUAUCUGUUUCUGUGAUGCUGGACUAAAGAAUGCAAUUUUAUUCAUCAAAAGGAACGGUGGCUCCCUCUAUGCCAAAGAGUGAAGCAUUCGCGAAGCAGGCUGUAGAAUGUAGAGUGGCCACUGUUCUUUGAAACAAGAAAUUUUAAUAUUUCCACCAACCAUUGGCACAAAUGGCCAGUAAUUUUUAUUCACUUGCAUGCAGCAGGCACGUACGAAUGUGGUACUAGAUGGAAUUUAACACUGAAUGCAACCUCCACAUGAAAUGCAAGUGCAAAUGAACAAGCAGUCAAGCUGGUGUGCUUGAUUGUUAAGGCCUUGUGUGCUGUACUCCCUUAGUGAAGCAACAUAGAAUAUUCUCGCCUGGCUGUGAGAUUUGCCUCUCUUUUUUUUUUUUUUUUCUUGUGUGCCAUUGAACAAUUUUUCACUUGUCAUUGUCACCUGCCUGGCGAAAGGGCGAGAGCAUUGUAUAAACAAGACAGACAUAUAUGUUGAAUAAAGUUUGUUGAAUAAGUUAA